AUGGUGCAGUCCACGUCCUCCUACAACCGGGCUGCUCUGAAUGAGUUUGUCACGUUGCCAGUUUCCCGAGAGAUGGUUUUCUACCUUGCGGAGCAAGCUUCACUGGUCAUCCGAUGCGAGGAAGAGGUGACACCCGUGACCCUCACCCAAUCUAAACCUCAUACUCCCCCAACAACACCCCCGAUCGACGGUUCCGAGAGCGCCGCGCCUCGAUUACUGCCUCCUCUUCCAUCUUUGGCCGAGUUUAUCUGCUCCAUUGUCAAUCGAUCACAUGUCGAAGUCCCUACUCUUAUGAGCUCUUUGGUCUUUCUGGGCCGCCUUCGAGCUAAGCUUCCAGCUAUGUCCAAGGGGAUGCGAUGUACAGGUCACCGUAUCUUCCUCGCAUCACUGAUCCUUGCAGCCAAGAAUCUGAAUGACUCAAGUCCAAAGAAUAAACACUGGGCCCGCUAUACAACAGUUAAGGGUUUUGAUGAAUUCGGAUUUUCUCUUCCUGAAGUCAACCUGAUGGAACGUCAGUUGCUCUAUUUGUUGAACUGGGAUACCCGUGUCACAGAAAAGGAUCUAUUUUACUAUCUCGAACCAUUCCUUGCACCGAUCCGCGAGCGUUUCCAGCUUGAGGGCGAAAAGGAAAUGCUUCAACAUGAACUCAAAAUGGAAGAGCAGCAACACCGACAAGCUAAUGACUUCACUAACGACUCCCGCGAAGCGCUGACAAUGGCACGGAAAACUCGGUCGCGACUCGACACCCAUCACGUCGGCCAAAAGCGACUCCCAUCGCCUUACCGAUCCGACCGAUCUGUUUCUCCUCCCUCGAUCAAGGACCUACCACCGCUCUCCCGUGGCGGGUCCAGGGCACCGAGCUCGUCAUCUCGUUCAUCUAGCCUCGCCCCAAGCUCUCGAGGCACACCCUCCAGCUUCGGCCCGGGCUCCUAUGCCGUUGAUGACGUUAUAGUCGCGGAAAGCCAUGCCAGUCCAGCGUCAGCAGCAAUAUCCUGUAGUUACGUUAACAUCCAUACCCUUCGACCGAAAGCCAAACCUCAGCAGCACCAUCCCCUUAGCUCGAUGGCUGCGUCCCAACAGCCUGCCAAAAAGGCAAAAACGGCUGCCGGAACUGGACUGAUAUCGAGAUUCUUCAACUCCGCUGCGGGAAAUUACAUGGGCGGACGGAUGGCGCGAGGUACUUUGCGCGCUUAG